AUGGCAUCAUCGUCCUCCCUCCCCAGCACCGCCAAGGCCGUCCAAAUCUCCAAGACGGGCGGCGUCGACGUCCUCGAGUACAACGACGUCCCCGUCCCCCCGGCCCCGGGCCCCGGCCAGCUCCUCGUCCGGAACCGCUUCGCCGGCGUCAACUUCAUCGACACCUACUUCCGCGUCGGCCUCUACCCGGCCCCCGUCCUGCCCUUGACCCUCGGCCGCGAGGCAGCCGGCGAGGUCGUCGCCGCCGCCCCCGAUGCUAGCCCCUCCUUCCCCCCGGGCACCCGCGUCGUCUACUUGGCCGAUCCCGACGCCGGCGCCUACGCCGAGUACACGGCCGUCUCCGCCGCAAAGGCCGUCGCCGUCCCCGAUGGCCUCGGCCUCGACAAGGCCGCCGCCGUGCUGCUGCAGGGCCUGACUGCCUGGACCUUUAUCCGCGAGGCCGCCAACGUCCAGCCCGGCCAGUGGGCCCUUGUCCACGCGGCCGCCGGCGGAGUCGGCCUCUUUCUCGUGCAGAUGCUGCGCGUUGCCGGCGCAAAGGUCAUCGGCACCGCCAGCUCCGAAGAGAAGCGUGAGCUGGCGCGCAAAAACGGCGCGGGGUGGGUACUCGACUCGCGCAACGACGACAUUGUCGCUCGUGUCAAGGAAAUCACAGAAGGCCACGGCGUCGAUGUCAUCUUUGACGGCGUCGGCAAGGCCACCUUUGACGCCGGCUUGGCCAUGAUUGCCAUGAAAGGUCAUUUCAUUUCCUUUGGAAACGCGUCCGGGGCCGUGCCGCCCGUCAACAUACUCCAACUUGGCCAGAAAAACGUCAAGCUCAUGCGUCCCGUUCUCUACGGCUAUGUGGCGGAGCGCAAGGACCUGGAAAAGUACACGUCGGAGCUGUUCGACCUCGUCACGUCCGGCAAGCUCAACGUCGUCAUCCACGAUGUCUAUCCCCUCAAGGAUGCUGCUAGGGCACACACGGACAUUGAGAGCAGGAAGACGUCGGGAAAGUUGCUCAUCAAAUGUGAUUAG